CCAGGCUCCAGGCAGCCCUCCAGGCAGCCGCCGGCUCGACCUCCGCUCGCCAUGCUCCUGGGUGCGCUGCGGCUGCGGGGCCUAGGGCUGCGGAGCCGCCCCCUGCGGGGAUUUGCCAGCCUCAGGGAAGGACAGGAAAGCCCACCGUUGGGUGCAGAAGUGGAAUGGAAAGACAGAGCAGAGACGGUGAUCAUUGGAGGCGGCUGUGUGGGCGUGAGUCUGGCUUAUCACCUGGCCAAGGCAGGGAUGAAGGAUGUGGUCCUCCUGGAGAAGUCCGAGCUCACAGCUGGCUCUACCUGGCACGCAGCAGGUUUAACAACUUACUUCCAUCCUGGAAUAAACUUGAAGAAAAUACAUUAUGAUAGCAUCAAACUUUAUGAGAAGCUGGAAGAAGAAACUGGACAGGUGGUGGGAUUCCAUCAGCCAGGUAGCAUCAGACUUGCUACAACUCCUGUAAGGGUAGAUGAAUUUAAAUAUCAAAUGACACGGACCAACUGGCAUGCAACAGAACAGUAUAUUAUUGAACCUGAAAAAAUCCAAGAGAUAUUUCCUUUACUCAACAUGAAUAAGAUUUUAGCUGGACUUUAUAAUCCGGGAGAUGGUCACAUAGAUCCUUAUUCUCUAACAAUGGCCCUGGCGGCUGGAGCUAGGAAAUAUGGGGCCCUUCUAAAGCAUCCUGCACCAGUGACAUCAUUGAAGCCCAGGGCAGAUGGAACAUGGGAUGUGGAGACUCCACUGGGAUCUGUGACAGCAAAUAGAAUUGUGAAUGCUGCAGGAUUUUGGGCCCGUGAAGUAGGGAAAAUGAUUGGACUAGAACAUCCACUCAUCCCUGUUCAACAUCAAUAUGUCGUUACCUCAACUAUCCCAGAAGUGAAGGCUUUGAAACGGGAACUCCCUGUACUCCGUGACCUGGAAGGAUCUUAUUACCUCCGACAGGAAAGGGAUGGACUUUUGUUUGGCCCGUAUGAAAGUCAGAAGAAGAUGAAAGUUCAAGACUCCUGGGUUGCUCAUGGAGUCCCUCCAGGCUUUGGAAAGGAACUCUUUGAGUCUGACCUGGACCGAAUCAUGGAUCACCUAGAAGCUGCCAUGGAAAUGGUUCCCGUCUUGAAAAAGGCUGACAUCAUCAAUAUCGUCAAUGGUCCCAUCACCUAUUCUCCUGACAUUCUGCCCAUGGUGGGGCCCCAUCAAGGGGUCAGAAACUAUUGGGUAGCUGUCGGCUUUGGAUAUGGCAUAAUCCAUGCUGGUGGGAUAGGGAAGUACCUCAGCAACUGGAUCUUGCAUGGAGAACCCCCUUUUGACCUGAUAGAACUGGAUCCUAAUCGCUAUGGCAAAUGGACAACAACACAGUACACGGAGGCCAAAGCCAGAGAAUCAUACGGGUUCAACAACAUUGUUGGUUAUCCUAAAGAAGAACGGUUUGCUGGGAGGCCAACCCAGAGAGUCAGUGGGCUUUAUAAAAUCCUGCAGUCUAAGUGUUCAAUGGGGUUCCAUGCAGGCUGGGAGCAGCCACACUGGUUCUACAAACCCGGCCAGGACACUCAGUACAAGCCAAGUUUUUGCCGCACAAACUGGUUUGAGCCGGUGGGUUCUGAGUACAAACAGGUUAUGCAAAGAGUGGGUGUGAUUGACCUAUCACCAUUUGGCAAGUUUAACAUCAAAGGCCAAGACUCCAUCAGAUUGCUGGACCAUCUCUUUGCAAAUGUUAUUCCCAAGGUGGGUUUUACAAAUAUAAGCCACAUGCUGACACCCAAAGGUCGAGUGUACGCUGAGCUGACUGUUUCUCACCAGUCUCCAGGGGAGUUUCUGCUGAUCACUGGUUCUGGAUCAGAACUUCAUGAUCUUAGAUGGAUUGAAGAAGCAGCAGUCAGAGGUGGAUUUGAUGUUAAAAUUACAAACAUAACUGAUGAGCUUGGUGUCCUGGGAAUUGCCGGGCCACGUGCAAGGAAAGUCCUUCAGAAACUGACCCCUGAAGAUCUCAGUGAUGAUGCUUUUAAGUUUCUUCAAACCAAGUCCAUAAAGGUCUCCAACAUUCCUGUUACUGCAAUCAGGAUCUCUUACACUGGUGAGCUGGGAUGGGAGCUGUACCACAGACUUGAGGACUCUGCAACGCUUUAUGAGCGUAUCAUGAAUGCAGGCCAAGAGGAGGAGAUCGACAAUUUUGGAACGUAUGCCCUGAAUGUCUUAAGACUGGAGAAAGCUUUCAGAGCCUGGGGAUCAGAGAUGAACUGUGAUACAAACCCCUUGGAAGCUGGACUGGAAUAUUUUGUCAAGUUAAAUAAGCCAGCAGACUUCAUAGGAAAGCAAGCACUGAAACAGAUUAAAGCUAAGGGGCUGAAACGGAGACUGGUCUGCCUCACCUUGGCAACAGAAGAUGUGGAUCCAGAGGGAAAUGAAAGCAUUUGGUACAAGGGCAAGGUGGUUGGCAACACAACAUCCGGAAGCUAUAGUUACAGCAUCCAGAAGAGUCUGGCUUUUGCUUAUGUCCCUAUAGAGCUUAGUGAAGUGGGACAGCAAGUAGAGGUUGAACUAUUGGGUAAAAAUUACCCAGCAACGGUCAUACAAGAACCCUUGGUACUCACUGAACCAACCAGAACCCGGCUUCACAAAAGGAUGGCUGAAAAGAUAAAGCUUGAAAAAGAUCUCUACCAGCCAACUAACUGAAUCAUAGUUGCUAUUUGACAGCUCUGGAAAUCCUGUUCAUGCAGGAUUAGAGAAAACAUGAAUUCAUUUAAAAUCAUCAAAAUCCAGAUUUAGAAUCUUAAUAAAGAAACCUUUCCCUGAUUUGUUUUAUAAACAAGAUGGCUUGAUGAAUUAGUGGUUUACAUUGUUCAUUCAAAGGAUGAAUUUAAGAUCAAGACUUUUUAUUACCCUCAUAUUGAUGUUUAUGAAAUCCAAUCAGAAAAACAUUAGGUAUUUGUUAAUGUACAAUCAUGAUUUUAAAUGAAUUAAAGGACUUUCCGUAAUUUUAGGAAUCUAGCACA